AUGAAUAAUUUAUUGUAUUUUUAUAUUUUUGGAGGUACACUAGUUGGAGUUACUUGUUUAUAUUUUUUGAAGUAAUAUAUAAAUGGAGGAGUAUGCCGAAUUAGAAAAGAUAUGACUGGAUAAGUGAUUCUAAUAACAGGUAUAAUAAUAAAUAUAAAUAAGGUGGAAAUGCUGGAAUUGGAGCAGAAGCUGCUAAAAAGUUAGGAGAGAUGGGAGCUGAUAUAAUAAUUGGUUGUCGAGAUUUAUAUAAAGCUUAAUAAAUAUUAGAUCAAAUAAAGUCUAAUUAAAGAGUAAAUCAAAAGCUUAUCAUGUUAAAACUUGAUUUAAGUGAUUUAAGAGAUAUUGAUUCUUUUGUCUAAUAAUUUAAAGCUCUAAACAUUUAGCAUAUUGAUAUUUUAAUAAAUAAUGCAGGAAUAAUGGCACCUAAGGAAUACAAAAUAAGUAAAUAAGGUUUUGAAAUAUAAUUUGGAACAAAUCAUAUUGGUCAUUUUUACUUAAGUUAAAAACUAGUAUUAAUUUGAUAGAAAUUAGUUACCAUUUUUAAGAAAUUCAUAGAACCCAAGAUUAGUAAAUGUUUCUUCAAUGGCUCAUAAAUCUAGUGAUGGUUUUGAUAUAAAUGAUCUAGAUUGUAAAAGAUUUUCAAAUUCAUCUUUAUGGUCUACUAGAUACACUAUGAAAGCUUAUAGCUAUUCAAAAUUAUGUAAUAUCUUGCAUGCAACUGAAUUUACAAGAAAAUAUGGAAUUCCUGCUUAGUAUUAAUAAUAAAUAUGAUAGUUCACUUCAUCCUGGAGUAGUUAGAACUGAUUUAUUCAAUGAAAUAUAUGGAGGAUGGAGAAAAGUAAUAUAUUUCUUAAUCUAUCCAAUGUGGUGGUUCUUUACAAAAUCUCCAGAAUAAGGAGCUUAAACUACUCUCUAUUUAUCAUUAGAAGAUUAAGAUAAUUUAUAAAAUGGAGGUUAUUAUAAGGAUUGUGCUUUAGCAACUCCUAUGUUUGUUACAAAAUAAUUAGCAACUUAAUUAUGGGAAAAAAGUAUAGAAAUGUUAAAGGAUAAACAAUUUGAUAUAUAAUAAUUAUGA